AUGGCUAACAACCGCAUGACUUACCUAGGAAGCGUCUUCAUCGUUUUCUUUCUCCUCAUGGCUCAAUUGACGUUCGCGGAACCCAUCCGUGUCAUGCGCCGCGACGCUAUGAUGAAUGCUCCCUCCAAGCGCGACCUGCCGGGACCCAAUGCUAACAUUGGUCGUGAUCUGAAGACCAACGCUGCCCGCAUGGCUGCUGGAUUCCCUCCUCUCGCACCGAGGUAUCCGUCGCCUACUCAAGGCAUGUUUGGAUCACAGUGGUUGGGACUGAAGGCUGAUUGUCUACUCACCUAUUGUAGCCCGCCGAGCUCCCAAACCAUCUGGCAAGGGUGGUGGACUCCCUCGUCAGGAAUUGACCCUAAGUUUGAGUUAGCUAUUGAUAUACAUAGAUUGAGUUGAGACGGCAAUAGGGACCAAUUAUUGACACUUUUAUGAUCACCGGUUCUGUUAGCCUCAGAGCAAGGACGACCAGGACAGUUCAUGCG